AUGCGAAAGCGACGCGAACGCAUCGCUCGAAUGAAACAUUGCAGUAUCCUGUCGCUGGUGCCGCUCCUCGCCGGUGUACUCUGCUCAAUUGGUGACCGAUUGGGCGAAUUUGUCGAGUGUAACCGGGUGUGCCGUGUGCGUCGUGGGUGCGAACAGCACGGCGGCGAGGGUGCCUUCCCGGAUGAUUCGCCCUUCGCGGCAUACACAUUCGUGGACACGCCCGCCGCGUACCGCGCGCUGCUGUGGGACUGCAGCGCCGACUGCGACUACCAGUGCCAGCAGGCGAUCACGCACCAGCGGCUGCUGGCCGGCGAGCCGCCCGUGCAAUUCCACGGUAAGUGGCCGUUUGUGCGGAUGUUGGGGAUGCAAGAGUUCUUUGCGUCGCUAUUCUCAGUAGCGAACUUUGUGCCGCACCUGCAGGGCUACCGCCAGUUGCGGCGCGAGCUGGCUAGGGCGCCUAGUGUGGGCGGCUCCAGCGUGCUGCUGCGGAAGUACCAGUCCUUGGCGGUAGUGGGGAUGCUGGCGUGGAUUUCCAGCGCGGUAUUCCAUGCGCGUGACAUGCCGCUGACGGAGAAGCUGGACUAUUUCUUUGCGGGUGCAACCGUCCUUGCGGGCUUCCACGCGCUGUACAUUCGCGUCCGCCGCCUGGAUCUAGCGCCGACACGCCGGCGCUGCUUUUCGCUGGCUGUGUUGCUGGUGUUUGUGUUGCACAUCGUGCGCCUGUACCGCAACUGGAACUACACCUACAACAUGCGCUUUAACAUCUGCUUUGGUCUGCUGCAGUAUCUGCUGCUGCUGCUGCAGGCCCUGCAGAACUUCGGCAGCCUGCGGCGCCAGCGCCAAAAGGCGGGCUUGGGCCUCUACGCGCAGCAGCCCGGGAUGCAGUUUCAGCUGGUGCUGGUGCCUGUCCUGCUGGUGCUCUACACCGGGCUGGCCAUGUCCUCGGAGCUCUUUGAUUUCUUCAGCUACCAUUGGCAGAUUGACUCGCACGCUCUCUGGCACUUUCUGACCGUGGCGCCAUCGUUUAUGCUCUACGACUUCUUUUUGAAGGACUACCGCUACUUAAAUACACUAUCUUCCCAUUCAGCACCCGAGUAG